GCGCCCGUCGCCGUCGCUGUCCCGGGGCUGAGCCGCACCCGGGGGUCCGGGACGGUGCGUGCGCGAGGGUGUCGGUCCGCGCGGGCGAGCGCCACGCCGGCCCCGAGCCUCCCGCUCGCUCCCCCGGGCCGCGGUGCAUGUUCGCCUCCUGCCACUGUGUGCCGAGAGGCAGGAGGACCAUGAAAAUGAUCCACUUUCGGAGCUCCAGCAUCAAAUCGCUCAGCCAGGACAUGAAAUGCACCAUCCGGCUGCUGGACGACUCGGAGAUCUCCUGCCACAUCCAGAGGGAGACCAAAGGGCAGUUUCUUAUUGACCACAUCUGCAAUUACUACAGCUUGCUGGAGAAGGACUAUUUUGGCAUUCGUUUUGUGGACCCAGAGAAGCAACGGCACUGGCUUGAACCUAACAAGUCCAUCUCCAAGCAAAUGAAAUCUCAUCCACCAUACACCAUGUGCUUUAGAGUGAAAUUCUACCCACAUGAACCCUUGAAGAUUAAAGAAGAGCUCACAAGGUAUCUUUUGUACCUGCAAAUUAAAAGAGAUAUUUUCCAUGGUCGACUGCUCUGCUCCUUUUCAGAUGCUGCCUACCUGGGUGCCUGUAUCGUUCAAGCUGAGCUCGGUGAUUACGAUCCUGAUGAGCAUCCUGAGAAUUACAUCAAUGAGUUUGAGAUUUUCCCCAAGCAGUCACAGAAGCUGGAAAGAAAAAUAGUGGAAAUCCAUAAAAAUGAACUCAGAGGCCAGAGCCCACCAGUUGCUGAAUUUAACUUACUCCUAAAAGCUCACACUUUGGAAACCUAUGGGGUAGACCCCCACCCAUGCAAGGAUUCAACAGGCACAACAACGUUUUUAGGAUUCACUGCAGCAGGCUUUGUGGUAUUCCAGGGAAAUAAGAGAAUCCAUUUGAUAAAAUGGCCAGAUGUCUGCAAAUUGAAGUUUGAAGGGAAGACAUUUUAUGUGAUUGGCACCCAGAAGGAGAAAAAAGCCAUGUUGGCAUUCCAUACUUCAACACCAGCUGCCUGCAAACAUCUUUGGAAGUGUGGGGUGGAGAACCAGGCCUUUUAUAAGUACGCGAAAUCCAGUCAGAUCAAGACUGUGUCAAGCAGCAAGAUAUUUUUUAAAGGAAGUAGAUUUCGAUAUAGUGGUAAAGUUGCCAAAGAGGUGGUAGAGGCCAGCUCCAAAAUCCAGAGGGAGCCUCCAGAGGUGCACAGAGCCAACAUUACUCAGAGCCGUAGUUCCUACUCCUUGAACAAACAGCUCAUCAUUAACAUGGAGCCCCUGCAGCCCCUGCUGCCUUCCCCCAGUGAGCAAGAAGAAGAACUUCCAUUGGGUGAAGGUGUUCCAUUACCCAAAGAAGACAUUUCUGCCCCUCUGAUCUCUAGCUCACCAGUGAAGGAAGCCCGGGAGUAUGAAAGCCCCCCAAGUGAAGAGGAAGAUAAAAUAAAAGAAGAGCCCCUGACUAUCUCUGAACUGGCGUACAACCCAAGCGCCAGCCUGCUCCCCACCCCUGUUGAUGAUGAUGAGAUUGACAUGCUCUUUGACUGUCCAUCCAGGCUGGAGUUGGAAAGAGAAGACACAGAUUCAUUUGAGGAACUGGAAGCAGAUGAAAAUGCCUUUUUGAUGGCCGAAGAAGAAGAGCUGAAAGAGGCUCACCAAGCUUUGUCGUGGAGCUAUGACAUUCUGAGCGGCCAUAUUCGGGUGAACCCACUGGUCAAGAGUUUUUCCAGGCUCCUUGUGGUGGGCCUGGGGCUGCUGUUCUUUGUAUUCCCCCUGCUCCUCCUCCUUUUGGAGUCAGGUAUUGAUCUUUCCUUCUUAUGUGAAAUCCGCCAGACGCCAGAGUUUGAGCAGUUUCACUAUGAAUACUACUGCCCUCUAAAGGAGUGGGUGGCUGGCAAAGUAAACCUCAUCCUCUACAUGCUGGGUUGCUCAUAAAGGUCGUGACUCAUAUGACUAAGGGCUAUAUUCAAUACUAGUGAUUUGUUUUUGUUGUUUUAGUUUUUUUUUUUUUCAGCAAAUGCCUAGUUCUGAAUGGUCACAGGGCCAUGAACAGGUGUUCCUUACUUAUAACUGAUUAUUGAAAAUUUUAAGUUAGCUUUCCAUAAUUCACUACAGUUAAAUAAGUUCACGUCAAAUAGUUAUUUUAGUUACAGGUCAGGAAGAUGGCCUUUCAAUAACCAAAAAUGUAUUUAUUUUUUAUUAUACUACAGACAUACUCUUUAUCAUAAUACAUAAUACAUUGAGCUGAAUUAGAUUUCCCCUUUUUUAAUAGCACCAUUAUAAGGUUCAGAAUCAGAAUUUUAGUAAAAACCCAAGAGAGUUUUUGAAUAUAAUCCUUAGUGAAAACAAUGUCCUCUAACCGAUGCCUAUACAACUAAAUUUAUGCUGGGCUUUUGUUUUCUGUUUUUUUAAAAAUAUUUUUAUGUGUUCAAAAUAUUUUGGUAAAUUUUUAGCAAAAAAAGAAGCCUCCUGGAGUUAUUUAAGUGUACAGAUUGUAAGAUUAAUGCACAAAGGGUAUGUCAGGAAUUUUUUUUAAUGUUUUGGCACUGGUUUGUUUUUUAAAAUAUUUUUGGCUGAACCAAUUGCAUAAUUUGUUGUUACCUGCAUAUAAGAUAGAAAAUAGGUAGAAAGACACUGUAGUAAGUAAGCUCUUGAAAUGGAUGAUGGAACUGGAGGAUGUAGAAACAAUACUCAAGCGGACACAGGAUGGUCCAUUUUUUCAGAGUAUUUGGACAAGAUGAGUUACUACUUUCAUUUGCAUUAUGUUCAUAUAUUUUGGUUGGGGAAACAGAAUGUUUUUAAAAGAAAGUGAAACCUUAAAGGAAAAAGGUUAAAAGGUAUGCUAGUUAAUUGCAUAUUAUCGUACAUUAACCCAAGAGUGGAAGCAGAUGGGAACUGGGCAAGUAGCAAAACAGGAGUUAUGGUGAGGCUAGGGGUGGCAGACAAACCAUCUUUUAUGAAAGUGGUGGAGAUGCAUGGUAUUGGAUGAUGUAAAGAAUGUGCACUUGCUGUCUGAGUUGACACGAAUAUGUGUAAAUGGAUCUAAAUAAAAGUGGAGAAACUUUAAGGCAUAAUUUUUUGGGUCCCUCAUGCCAUUCAUUGGAUUCGGUGGGAGAAAUUUCAAAAGAAAGUUGUGUGAGAGAGAAUGAGAGAGACAGAGAGGAUAUGAAAAGAAUGGAAUUUGGCUUUUUGAUAAAUGCUGAUGAUUUUCCUUUGUGGUGGCCCUUAUACUCUUUUUCUUUCUCAGAUUUUUAAAGAUCUUAACUCAUUCCUGAUUGGGGCUCCCAUUAAGAGAGUAGAAGAGACUCAUUAGAUGAUCUAGCAUUUCAGGUUGGAUUAAACAGUAAAAUGACUCCCUAACCAGAUAGCAGAGGGGACAAAUGUUCUAGAACCUUCCUUCAUACCAUAAAAUCCACAAUAAAUGAUUGAUGCCUCCCCAUGCAGAGUACUUACCGAUACUGUGGUAUAAUUAAGAAAGAAAAGAGUAUGGAGCUUAGGAUAGUGCACUGGGAUUUCUCCAUGGACUGAGAAUAUUCCAUUACCUUCAUUUACAAAGAAAUUGGGCACCUUUAGUCUCUCCUUAGCUGUAAUAGAUGCUCCAGCUCUAUUAUUAGCAUCCUUUCUAAAUUGGCCAUGCCUGUCCUACUCAUUUAUGGAGCUCUGAGUGCUCUAUUAGACAUCUGUUUUAUUUUUUAUUUAUUUUUUUUUUUAGACAUCUGUUUUAAAAUAAGUUUUAAGAGUUAGCUUUCAAAGAAUUCAGUUGAGCAAACUAUAAUAUACAUUUGCUAUUAAGUUUGUAGGGUGUUCUCUCUUGUGCUUUCAUAACUUAUUUUGCUUUUUAUUGAAGAAUAUUUAGUACCUGAAAUUUGAUACCAACAUAGAAUAUAUUUUCUAUGGUUUAUUUUGGAAGUUUUCAAAUGGCCAGCAUUGACAUUGAAGGUUGUUUUUUUUUUUUUUUUUACCUCUUUGUUAAUGAUUUCCAAGUCAUACUUUCUGACAAAAGGCUACCCCAGUGUAGUCUGCACAAAAUUAGUCCCCCUUGUAAUCAUGCUUCCUAUCAUUUCCUUUGAAGUUCUAACCAUAACAAGCCUAGUCCUUGCCCUUUAAAAGUAACAUUAAAUAUUUUUUUUAAUUAUGGAAGUAAUAUAUUGCCCAUCAUACAACACUGAAAAAUACUGACAGGAUAAAUACCACACAUAAUCCAACCAUGCAGAUUUAUGUUAGGGAGUAAUCAACAUAUUUUAACAUUUCCAGGUAACAUCUCUUUUGGGCAAAGACAUUAAUAGAAAUGUUUUUAAGCAAAGGAGUUAACAGAAUAGGGCUUGCUGAAUUUAAGCAAUAGCUACUAAAUGUAAAACUGGGAUCCUGAAAUGCCAUUUGUCAGAAUAGAAUCAGCAUUUUAGAAAUAUCCACUUCAGUUUUGUUAAGAGACAGUCACCAGCUGCCUGAAUCUAAUGAGGAGAAAAGUGCUUCCAAAGAUGGAGAAUAUAUAAUAUAGUGAGAGAUACAGAAUUCAAAGCAAGUGUGUGAGUAUAUGUAUAUUCCAUAUUAUUGGUAUAGAUGUGUUUAUAUAUGAAUCUGUAUAUAUGUGUGUAUUUGUAUACACACAACUGAUAUGCCCCUCAUACAUAGUUGUAUUUAUUUUUCCCCAAUUGAGGAGUUUGUGACAUGUUGUUAUCCUUUUCCCUCUCAGAUACCAUGGGAUAAAACCCACAGUCUCAAAGGUUUCAAUUUUCCAUGAAAACUGUGUGUACAUUUGUGGUUUUAUAUACACACAUAUAUGGCACAUACAUAUACACACACAAUCUUGUCUUUAGUGCUAAUGCAAGUUGGAUCAUGAAAAAAAUGUAGGUAAAGUAUCGUGUAUUUCUGUCUGUGCUUGGAGCAUACUGUAAAAUGUUAUGUAUUUGGAAUAUAUUUUGUGGUUUGUCUAAUACUUAUAAAGACAACUCUGGGAAGAAUUCAAAAGUUGAUUUCAUUGAAAUACUAGAGAUACGGGGGCCAUGUUACCUGUGAUUGGAGCCUUAUCUUUGUAUAGUGAAAUCUGCAUUUCUAUGUCAACAUCCAGAUUGUUUUAUAUGUUAAUAUGGUGGCAGGAAUCCCUAAUAAAAAUACUCUGGGGAAAAA